ACCUGAAACUCUCUAUCUCUUUCUCCCUCUCUCUUCUUUUCUCUCACCCUCUCUUUCUCAUGUUUGGAGUCACGGCAAGGCUCGAUGACCAACUCAGCACCACAACCACCCCAACUACCAUAUACAUAGACCCACCCACCCAAGACCAGCCGAGUCACAACUCGGACCACCGUUCAAUAGAAACACUCGUUGUCGUCUUAGCUGUCAUCACCAUUUUAUCCGUCUUAGCCGGCGUGUUCGCUCGGCUUUGUGGCGGCCGCCAUUUAUCUGACGGUGGAGACCACGACAUCGAAGGUUGGGUUGAGAGAAAGUGUCGUAGCUGCAUCGAUGCCGGCGUUCCCACCGUUGCUGCCACCCCUCCACCUCCACCUCCACCGCCGCCACCGGCAGCAACGGUGGAAGAGCAGAGUAAGCCAGCAGCCGAGGAUCAAACCAAGAAGUGAAGUUAAAAGAGGGUAAAACUACAUUCUUCGAUUUAGCUAGCUUUAACAUUAUGUAAUAUCAUUAAUUUUGAGGACAUCUUCCUUUUUUUGUUAUGUACCUUAGUCUACGGACAUUGAUUUCGGAAUUUCCUCGGAUGUUUUAUGGUUUUAUUAUUUCUUUCAAAAGAAAGAAAAAAAGUAAAGUUCUUUGUCAACU